AUGGUAGUGUCGCUAAAGAAUAUUCAAGAUGAGGUUCUAAAACCAUUCCAAAACCACAGACAACUAAGCAUCAAGGAAUCAGAAACAUUAACUCUGGAUUUAUUAGCAUUACUAUGUGAUGAUGAGAUCGAAAAUGGUAAUACGUUAAAAUAUUUAGCCAAAUUAAUAACGCCGACAACUUACGAUGAUCUCAUUGAAGAAAGAAACCUUAAUCAUUUAUGUGGAUAUCCAUUGUGUAACAGACCUCCUGAACGUAACGUUCAUCAUUCAGAAUCAACUUUACAUCAUGGAAAUACUGGUGUGAUGUCAUCUCAUCAAAAUGAUGCAAUUAUUAAACGAUUUUUAUGGGAGAAUAAUCCAUAUGCUUAUCUUUCUAAAUUUUGUUCUAAGUUCCAUUUCCGUUGUUCGCAAUUCUACCAAGUGCAACUAGAUGAAAAUGCCUUAUUUAGUAGGACGGGUAUUCAUCUGAUUAAUGAUACAUUAAAGAAUAAAGAAAAUAAUGAGAAUGAGAAUGAGAAUACCGCAUACCAGGUGACUUUGUUUGAAGAUUUACUGAGGGAGAAGAGUACCGAAGAGGAUGUCAAGUCAUUAAUUAUAGGUUUAAAGAAACUUGGAUUGCACAAUUCAUCUGGAGAAACUGAACUUUCUGAGGAUAAGCUUUUAGAAGACGAAUUAUCGCAAUGGUUAAGUGAUAUUAAGAUUGUUGAAAAUAAUAAUCCCCCUCUCAUGGGUGAUUUGGAAAAGGAGAAUUGA